CUUAAUAUACCAUCAACUAUUGCUAAUCCGAUUUCCUUUUUCCUCAACCAACUACCUCUGAAGAAACCAAAGUCCCUGCAACUCACUUUUCUUUGGUUAGUUUGUUGGCCAAUGAUCUGUAUUAUUUUACAUGAAAUGGGAUUAUCUGUUUCAUCAAAUACUUCAUCCUCCUGUUAA